AACGAUUGUAAAAUGUAAAAUAUUUUAACUAAUCUCUCAUUAGUGAGUGUUUCAAUAAAAAAUACGCUUGUUUUUAAAAGAUAAAAAGAAGAUUCUUACUUAAUAGAUUCUUGUAAAAAAAUAAUGCUAAUUAUCGAGUUGUGACAGUGCAGUGUGGUGAUAAAUAAUAGUAAAUAGUAAUUAUAUGUAAUAACAAGAGUUUCAUUGAGAAGAUCUUUAUUAUUCAUUGGUUUUUCUAAUAACACUUUUACUAGAUUAUUUACAAUUUCCUUUAUUAAAAUUAUGAUAUUUAUUCAUAAAUAUGAGAAUACAAUUAAAAUACUAAUAAACUAAUAUCAAAAUGGGAUAUAAAAAUUCUAUUCUUUUCAAGAUCAAUCAAACAAUAAUGAAACGUUUGAAUAAAUGAGAUUGAAAUUAAUGAGAAAUGAAUAUAAUGAAUCAGAAACUUUCUACAUCGAAGGAAAUAGAUAUUAUUUCUAUCGAAUCUAAAUCAGAAGAGAAAGAAAGAGAGAGAGAGAGAGAAUACAGACAUGAUCAUUAAAUAACUUCCAUUGUGUCCAAUUAAUAUUGUAUAUCAAUAUAUUAUAAAUAUUGAUAAAUAAGAUAUGAAAGUUCACAGCUCUUAAUUGCGACGUUUGCUUCUUAAUAGAAGUAUAAAGGGAUUGGAAGAAACAAGAAAUUACAAGUCAAUGUCAAAGAUAAAAUUAUUCGAUGUAAAUCAAAGAUCCCAGGAAUAUGCUUAAUAAAUAAAAUGAAAAUGCGUUCGAAACAGUAGAACAGAAGCAGUCCUUGAACAAAUGGAGGAAUGAAGUGAUACGCAUGUUCAACGAAUGCAAAAAACCAGUGAAAUAGCAACGAGACUUUAUUAUAACAUUUCCCAACUGAAUCUUGCCAAUUUAAUGCGAGUCCACUCUCUGCCCAUCCUGCAAUUUUUUUUGCUGAAACGUGGAAACGUGAAAAAUCUACCAUUUUUUUUUUAAAACAAAGAGAAUCGAAGAUACAAUGAAGAACAACAAUACGAAGAGGGAUAGGACGAAAAAUCAUCAAGAAUGACGAUAUUAAACAAUUACACCACGUACAUGUUACUAGCUUGCGAUAAUCUGACCAACUUCUUCAAUCACACUCGUGACCUAACCCUUGACUCGAGAUUAUGGAACACGAGCGAGUUGAGUCAUCCCUUUCAUUCCUACAAUUUAAAGAACAUAACGUGUUUGGAACAGGCGCCACACUCAAAUGGCAACACCCUGUUUAAGUCUCUCAUAUUGACCAUCAUGGCAGUCGUCAGCAUAUUGGCCAAUCUGGCCACCAUAUACUCGAUCGUCAGGUGUCGACGAAGACACCACUCCUGGUCAGCGAUCUACACGUUGAUCCUGCAGCUAGCUGUAGCCGAUCUCUUCGUAUCCGUGUUCUGCAUAGGCGGGGAAGCGAUGUGGAAUUACACCGUGGAAUGGAUAUGGGGAAACGUCGCGUGCAAACUGUUCAAAUUCUUUCAGGUGUUCAGCCUGUAUCUGAGCACGUUCGUGCUUGUGCUGAUCGGUGUGGACAGGUUCUUUGCCAUAAGAUAUCCUAUGAAAGGGAUGAACACCGCUGACAGAUGUUUGAAGUUCAUCGUCGCGGCUUGGAUAUUAUCCUUUGUACUGUCAUUGCCUCAGAUUAUCAUAUUCCGCGUUGUCCAGGGGCCGUUCGUCGAGAAAUUCGAGCAAUGCGUGACCUAUGGAUUUUACACAGAGCCCUGGCAGGAACAGCUCUACGUAUCGUUCGGUUUGUUUUCCAUGUUUCUUCUACCUCUUGGCAUCCUCAUCGCCACCUACGUUUUCACCAUAAUUACAAUAUCUCGGAGCGAAAGAAUGUUCAAAGUGAAAUUGGCCAAUAACGAUAUAUGCCACGUAAACGGAGAUGUAAAUCGAAGGAAAUUAAUGUAUCGAGCAAAAGCUAAAUCAUUGAGGAUCAGUAUAGUUAUAGUGACUGCCUUUAUAUUUUGGUGGACGCCCUAUUACACGAUGAUGAUCAUAUUUAUGUUCUCUUGUCCCGAUAAACAUGUUAGCGAUGAAUUACAAAACAUCAUCUUCUUCUUCGGCAUGAGCAACAGUUUGGUAAAUCCUCUGAUAUACGGGGCGUUCCAUUUGUGGCCGAGAAAGCGUCGGAAUUUCAUGCACAGGGAAAUAUCCACGACUCAACGCAGAUUAACGCCAACCAGUUAUGGGAGUAGUUAUAGACGAGAUUCACGAGAAACGCGUAUACCAAUUUUACCAAAAAAUUGAAAUCGUGUCUAGAAAGAAAGAUAAAUCGUAUCUCGAUUGAUCUUUAUAAGUGUAAGUUUCAAUAAGUUAUUUUUUAAAAAAAACUUUAAUAGAUGGAUGUAAAUAUGUAAUACAGUAGUUAUAAGAUGAAGAAAUUCAAAGUUGAAUUAUAUAACUCUACGUAUGUAAAGUAGUAGUUCAUCUUUCAUAAUUAAUAUAAUGAUUAUUAUAUAUUUUGUAAGAUAGGUUUUUGUAAAAGUAUGUUAUUAAAAUAAGGAUAUAUC